ACCAAGAACCUGGGCUACUCGCGCGAGUGCGAGUGCACCAACUGAGCCGCCUGGUCCCGCGAUGGAGACGGACGGAGGUAGCGGAGACGGAGAGGGUCGCUGGAGAGACGUGCAGAAGCUGCUGACUCGAGGGUCGCCGCUCGCACACCCUGAUUUUGAACCCAGUGAACAGACACAUCAGUUCCUGAGGGAGAUCUGCAAGGUGCUGGUGAUAGGAGCUGGUGGUCUUGGCUGUGAGCUACUGAAAGACUUAGCGAUGAUGGGUUUCACCAAGAUAGACGUGAUUGAUAUGGACACCAUUGACAUCUCAAAUCUCAACCGCCAAUUUCUAUUCACUGAUGAUGACAUUGGGAAGCCCAAGGCUGAAGUUGCCGCCAGCUUCAUCAACGAUCGAGUGGCCGGCUGUAAUGUUACUCCUCACUUUGCAAAGAUUCAAGACUUUGACAUGGACUUCUACAAGCAAUUCCACAUCAUUGUGUGUGGACUCGACUCAAUAGUUGCUAGGAGAUGGAUCAACGGAAUGGUGCUGGGCCUCUUGAGUACGAUGAAAACGGUGACCUUGAUCAGUCUACCAUUAUACCUCUGCUGAUGGCGGAACAGAAGGAUGCUUCAAGGGGAAUGCACGGGGUCCUCUCGCUGGACUAUCACCUGCGUGGACUGCACUCUUCGACCUUGUACCCUCCUCAAGUCAACUAUCCGUUGUGUACGAUAGCCUCGAAACCACGCCUCCCCGAGCACUGUGUUGAGUAUGUCAAUAUUCUACGUGGGACAAAAGAAGAAAACACCUUGGACGGAGUGGUAUCACUGUGAUGGCGAUAAUCCAGUCAUCCAUGCAGUGGGGUGCGAGGCCAGGACAGGGCAAGAGAGUAUGGCGUUCAGUCACUACAGACUUGCCAAGGUCGCUAAUAGACUAGCUCAAAACCCACACACUUUCUGCGAAGUGAAUGCGAGUCACACAAUCGUGGCAUAUACUCAUGCUACCAACGUGCAAUUCUGGCAACAGGUGUUGAAACUUCAUGGGGUCAAGCACAGACGGUAGUCUUACACCUACACCUUUGAGGCCGAGAUGAAGGAGGACUGUAUUUCCUGCUCCACUAAACCCAUCUCACUCCCGUCACACCGGACACCACGCGCUGCAACUCUACGACUACCUCAGGAGAACCGUAAAAUUGUGAGCAGCACGGACAAAGAAGAGUUUUAGAUCAGUCAACUAUUUUUUACAGCCACGGCAAGAAGAGCUUUAGUUCAGUCCAACUAUUUUUAGCAGCCACGGCAAGAGGAGUUUUAGAUCAGUCA